AUGAAGCAGAUCCUCAACCUGUCCUUUGCAGCCUGCGGCUUCCUGGGCACCUACCACUUGGGGGCAGCGUCGGCCUUCCACCAGCACGGCCAGCGGCUGCUGCGGGAGGUCCAGGCCUUUGCUGGGGCCUCGGCCGGGUCCCUGGUGGCUUCUGUCCUGCUCACAGCGCCCGAGAAAAUAGAGGACUGCAGCCGGUUCGCCCACCACUUCGCCGAGGAGACGAGGAGGCAGCCGUUGGGGGCCCUGACCCCGGGGUACGAUUUCAUGGCCAGACUGAGACGCGGCGUGGAGUCCAUUCUGCCCCCUGACGCCCACGCCCUGGCCCACGGCCGCCUGCACGUCUCGCUCACCAGCGCCCGCACCGGGCGGAACGUCCUGGUCUCCAGCUUCUCCUCCCGCGAGGAUCUCAUCCAGGUCCUUCUGGCCAGCAGCUUCGUGCCCCUCUACGCCGGCCUGCGGCCCGUGGAAUACCAGGGACAGACCUGGGUGGACGGCGGGCUCAGCGACAGCCUCCCCGUGCUGCCCGCCGGCCGCACCGUGACCAUCUCGCCCUUCAGCGGCCGCCCCGACGUGUGCCCGCAGGACGGGGGGCCAGAGGGUAUCCACGUGGCCGUGGCCAACCAGCACAUCCAGCUGUCCGCAGCCAACCUGGUGCGGCUCGGCCAGGCCCUGUUCCCGCCCGGCCGGCCGGGCAUGGAGGCCCUGCACCAGCGCGGGUUCGAGGACGCCGUGGGCUUCCUGCGCAGGGAGGGCUGGUUCCAGUAG